ACCGCGGCAGUCAUUAUUUAUUAUUAUGUUAAUCGGGACGAUGAGGAGGAAAUGACAGAGAACACAGAGGACACCACCGGCCCCGUAGUGUUCGCUGAAAAUAGUAACAUGAAGUUAAGAGUGAGAGUAAACGAGCAGACGAGCCGAGUGGAGCUUGAGGGACCAGAACCGACCCUGACCCAACUCAGCACCCAGGUCAAAGAGGUCGUGCUGCCUUCAGCUGGACUCAGCACUGAUACAGAAUUUACUCUGUCUCUGAAUGGGAAAGAGCCUCUGGUGGACACAGGACAGACUCUGGCCUCUUGUGGUGUGGUAUCAGGGGACAUGAUUAGUGUAAUUUUGCCUCAUUCUUACUCUUCAUAUUCCUCUGCAUCACCUUCCUCUCACCAGACACACACCAUUUUAGCUGUUCCACAGAACAAAACGCAGAGUGCCUCUGGAUUAUGUACAUACCAGUCAGGUGCCAGCAGCAGCCACGAGAGCCCAGAGAGAACAUGUGCUCCUGAGACUGAGGAGACUGAUAUGGACAGAGGUGAGGCUGAAGAGGAAGCAAUGGGGAUAUUCAUCCCUGAGCCCAUGCUGUGCUGUGAGGCUGAAGAAGGUAAGGUUCCUCACUCUCUAGAGACACUGUACCAGACUGCACAGUGCAACAGCGCCUCGGACUGCCUGCUGUUAGCAGCCCACGUGUUACUGCUGGAGACCGGCUUCCUGCCACAGGGUUGUGACGUCAGAGCCGGAGAGAUGCCCAGCGGCUGGCGUGCAAUUGGUGGUCUCUACAGGCUGCAGUACUCUCACCCCCUCUGUGAGAACAGCCUGGUUCAGGUGGUUGCUGUGCUGAUGGGCCAAACACUUGUUAUAAACGCCACUCUGAAGACAACUGGUGCAGAGGAGAUUUCACAGAAGCUGGCACUGAAACCUGAUGCUUACGUGACUCAGGAGUGGGCAGGUGGCAACGCUGGUUUGGCCUACAGAGAGUUGCAGAAACUGUCUCGUGUUUUUAAGGACCACUUGGCUUACCCACUUAUUACAACAGCUAGAGAAGUACUGGGUCUGCCUGCACUGUUUGGUCUGCCUGUUCUGCCCCCUGAGCUGCUUUUAAGGAUAAUGCGGCUGCUGGAUGUUCCUUCAAUCCUAAAGCUGUCUGAAGUAUGCAGACGCCUGCACUCUGUUUCUCAAGAUGCCUCACUCUGGAAACACUUUGUGUACCGUGACUUCGGAGCUGGCACUGAGCAGAGAGACACAGACUGGAAAGAGCUUUACAAAAAGAAAUUUCAGCAAAAGAAGACACGGCACGCAUACAGAGUGAGGCGUUACCCUUUCCAAGUUCCCCCAAUUUAUCGUCAUCACCCAGUGCCCAUCCCUCAUCUACCACUUCCUCUUUUUCCGCCCGGCAUCAUUGGAGGAGAGCACGAUUUGAGACCUGCUUUUCCACAGGCCAUCCUGCCACGCCCACGUUAUGACCCUAUUGCCCCGUUUAUAGAUCACGAACCACCUAUUGGACUUCCAUUUGGACGCCCUUUGCAGAAGCCAGGGGGAAGCCGAGCACCAGACACCAGGAGAGGCUUCAUCUGAAACCCACAGGAAUUAAAAAUCUUACAAACAUUAAAAACGGGCAAACUCUCAGAGUAGCAUGCAUGCUCCAAAGACUGGCACAUGGUUUAUUAUCUCCAUAUUCAACAUUCCAGAAUCAAUUAAAUAUAUUGCAAAAAGAUAUACUUCUGGGUACAUUUUAAAUAACUAGAAAGAAGUCAUGAUUUAUCAUGAAUUAAUAAAAGACUUGGCUGUUAGGCCAGAUUUCUUCUAUUUUAUUUAUAUGAUUAUAAAAAGCUAAUUUUCAAUAAAAAAAAUUAACUAAACCAAAAAAAUUAAAUCAAAGCAUAAAUGUCAAAGCACAGUGAAGAAAUGAAGGAAAACCCAAUUACAGAUGAUAGUGAAUAGAACUAAUGUACCUCUCAGAGGUCUCGUCUCUCUUAAUUUUAGUCCAGUGUUACUUUGCACUAGAUGAAGCUGAUCUGCCUUUUAAUUUAAGCCAACAGUUUUUCCCAAAUUUUAUUGAACAGAAAUGCUAAGUGACAGUCCGAUGCUUCUCAUACUGUAAAGCUACUGUUGAUCUGACAUUUGCCUAAUGUCAUUUAUAUUGGCACCUUUCACAAUUUGAAAUCAAUCAGUGAAAUCAUGUGUCACUGUAUAAAGCAUUAAAAUAAGAUGGCAAUGAACCUCUUCAUUUAAAGUGUAAUGGUACUGCAUUGUAAAAAAUUAAAAGUAUUUUGGAGGGUGGCAAAUGCAACUCAUACAAAUCAUUCAAAAAAUGAUGGAAGUAUUUGGUGGAAGUAAUGCUAUUUCAGUUGCAGUAUAUUCAUCAGCAAAUAAAAUAGACAAUACUCUUUAAAUCCUACCACUACUACCUUGAAUAACAGUAUUCACGCUAUCCGGCUACACUACCUUAGGAAUUUCACCUAAACGUUUAUAUACACCUGCCACAAAAGCAUGCAAAGUUUGAAUUACCAAUAAGGGUCAGAAACAUUGGCCACCUUACAAAAACAGAUGCUUUAUUCACAAUUUUCAAAUAAAAACAAUAUUAAAAUUGAAAAAGUUUUAAACAUUUGCUCCUUUUCUAGCAGAUCACUGAAAAGACAUGGUGGAAGAAAAAGAAUUAACUGAAGCCCCAAAUUUGGAAACAGAACAGAGCUCCCCCAAAUAGAGUGCAGUUACAUGCCUUCACAAUGAACAUGCUGGAACCAGGUGACCUAUCGGGAGAGAUGUUGGAUCAGGGCGAUCUCCUGAGUGUUAAGAACUGGAAAUGGUGUCUACCACCCAGUGAGAUAGUUGCUGUUAGUCAGAGAUGCAUCUCACCGACAAGGACGGAAACAGAUGAACAACUGGUCGGUGACACUGCUGUCCCCUCACAGACACUGGGUCAUUAAUGGCAGCGAGGGAUGGAGCUUUUAUCCUUGUGGGGACCAAUGAUAUGUAUUAGAAGGACGUGCGGGUGACCAGAGGCAAGAACGGGACCCACCACCUCAACAUCUGACGAGAAGGUCUAUAAGGACGUGCUGCCAUGAGGCUGUCUGAUAGGCAACCAAAACGUGGGAUACAUUAUCAGAAUAACCUCCCAUGUUUUCAAGGUGCUGAGACUCUACUGCACACACUCUAAAGAAAGACUGGAAGUUCUGGACUGUAGAUAUAAGCUUAGCCACCUGGUGGGCUAAGAGAGCUUCCUGCUGAUCGCUUGCUACUGCGCAGUCAAUUAUAAAUAACAAAAUUAUAAAUAACACCAUAGGAUGAUAACAGCUAAUGGAAAUUACAAUUGAAAAGAACAUACAUUUAGCUUUUUUAACCACAUUUUGAUAGUAUAAAAGACAAUCAUGCAGUAUACCCAAUGAUACAUGUAACUUGUCCUUCUUCCACCUGUGCUCGGCUUGUCUGCAGCGCUGCCUGAGGGUACGCGUACUGUAGUAUCUUUAAACCAAGGGUCAGGCUUGGCUCUCAUAGGUCUGUCCUUGAAAGGUGCAAUGGAGUCCAAAAUCCCUGAACAGAUGGAGUAGGAGAUUUAGGAGUCUAUAAGGAAACUGCUUGAAACUUGGGUUCUAUAUUUACAAGACAUUGUCUCACUUCCACGUUGGCAUACUGCUAUACUCAGGACAAGGGUCUAUUAGAGCCUGCCUGUUUGGUCAAUACCCAAACAGGUAGGCCAUUGGGAAUGAGCAUCCAUCAAAUCCAUAACAAUAUAAACAUAAACUGUAGCGCAAAAUGUUCUGUUAUUAUAAAGUGAGACAGUGCAAACAACAGUACCUUAUACAACAACCAUUGCACCUGUAACAUUAUCUAUCUGGCUCACAAGCAAACGCUGAUUCUUUUCAUUUUUCUUUUUUGUUUUUUGAUUGAGCUUUUGAUCUCAUCACUAAAAAUAGUAUUUUCAACCUCUUGUGCACAUCUCAGUCUUAUAUAACAGAAAGUCAUCCAAGCAAGCCUACUACACAAAGUGUAGACUUUCAAAAAUCUACCCUAAUGUUGAAGAUGUGUGUAAUCAAUGUAAAGGCAACAAAGCAGAGUUUCCUCAUGAGUUUCGGGUUUGUCUAAAGGUGAGUGACUAUUGGGCAUUCAUAUUUAAAACUCUAAGUGAGGUCUUUAACUUAGCAAACUUCAAAUCUGGGUUUUAUAUCUAUUUUUUGAGCAUCAGAACAUGGAAUAUCACUGAAAAUAAUGUAAAAAGAAAAA